UCUGACGAAUUGCUUUGUCUUCUUCCGCACAGAAUGUCGCGAACGCUGGAACUGUCGCCAAAUGCGCACAUCAACAAGUCGCUGCUCGACAAGUACAUGGCCUUGCCGAUGCCGGACGGUAAGAUUCAGGCGACGUACAUCUGGAUCGAUGGUACCGGCGAGAACGUCCGCUGCAAGGACCGUACGCUUGACUUUAUUCCCCAAACGCCGAGUGAUCUACCGAUCUGGAACUAUGACGGUAGUUCCACCUACCAGGCGGAAGGAUCCAACUCGGACGUCUAUCUGCAUCCGGUCGCCAUCUAUCGCGAUCCGUUCCGUCGUGGCAAUAACAUCCUAGUUCUGUGCGAAACUUACCACUACGAUGGUACACCAACCGAGUCGAACAAGCGCAAGUCGUGUCUGGAGGUGUGCCAAAAGACGGCCGAUGAGAAGCCGUGGUUCGGUAUCGAGCAGGAGUAUACGCUGCUGGACGUUGAUGGACGUCCGCUCGGAUGGCCGAAGAAUGGAUUCCCGGGACCGCAGGGACCGUACUACUGUGGUGUCGGUGCGGACAAGGUGUAUGCUCGCGACAUUGUCGAUGCCCACUACCGGGCCUGUCUGUAUGCGGGCGUGAAGAUUUGUGGCACAAACGCCGAAGUUAUGCCGGCCCAGUGGGAAUAUCAGGUGGGACCGUGUGAAGGCAUCCAGAUUGGGGAUGAUCUGUGGAUGUCCCGGUUCCUGUUGCAUCGUGUGGCGGAAGAGUUUGGAAUCGUUGCCACACUGGACCCGAAACCGAUGCAGGGUGACUGGAACGGAGCCGGUGCCCACACAAACGUUUCCACCCAGACGAUGCGUGAACCGGGUGGUCUGGCCGAGAUCGAGCGCGCAAUCGGUAAGCUGUCGAAGCAUCACGAGCGUCAUAUCCGUGCCUACGAUCCGCACGGUGGAAAGGACAACGAACGUCGCCUGACCGGAAAACACGAAACUAGCUCGAUCCACGAUUUCAAUGCCGGUGUCGCUAAUCGUGGCUGCUCCAUUCGUAUUCCGCGUGGUGUGUCCGAUCAAGGGUUCGGGUACUUCGAGGAUCGUCGCCCAAGCUCCAACUGCGAUCCGUACAGCGUUGCCGAGGCUAUUCUGCGCACAAUAAGCCUCAACGAAUAAAAAACAAACAGUUUUCUGCGCUACUAACGUAUUAGUGUCGUCGGACAUUCCAUUGUUUUGGAAAGUUCUAUUUCCAUGAAUGAACAAA